CAACCCAGAAAAGAUUGAGCGGGAAGAGCCGCCGCCGGUGACGAACAACAGUUUUAACAGCGAUAGAGACCGACGACUUAAGAGUCAUUGUCUCCGAUUCUCCACCAUAAAAUCAUAGAAGAAACCUUUCUCACUCAUUGAACAUGAAACCAUACAAAGUCCUCGAUACUCAAAUAGUCAACUGCCGUCACCCCCUGAAAACCGUUAUUCCCGUUAAGCAUCUUCUCUCCCCUGCAUUGUUCUCUACAAAGUCGCAGCCAGAGGCUCCUCAACAACCCCAGGAUCCGUCUUUUUACAUCUCCCAAAAUCAGCCACCAAUAACCUCUGAUCUGCUUGCGGACAAAGCCCGUUCUUCUCAGUGGCAUUUCAUCAAACACCUGGCGCCAAACCUUAGUUCGUCUCUUAUAGCCGCAACCCUCUCUGAUCUCUACAAAACCCCAGAAUUAGCUAUCCAGUUCACUACCCAUGUUGAAUUUGAUCGACUUGAUAUCAGAACGCGUUGCUUCGCUAUCGCCCUCGCCUCUCGGAGUUCAUCACCAAAUCCCAGCUUGCAGCUCCUGAGAAGGAUCAUUUCUAGUGGCGUGGCCACCGUUAGGGUGAUUUUUGAUGAGUUGGCACUUUCCCGGCAACGUCUAGGUACUAAGAGUAGUAUUCUUUUUGAUUACUUGAUCAGAGCUUGCUGCCAAUUGAAGAGGGCUGAUGAGGCUGCAGAGUGUUUUUACAUGAUGAAGGAGAAGGGUCUGGUGCCAAAGAUUGAGACUUGUAAUGAUAUGCUGAGCUUGUUUCUGAAGUUGAAUAGAAAUGAGAGCGCAUGGGUUUUGUAUGCUGAGAUGUUUAGGAUGAAGGUUAAGUCCACUCUUCAUACAUAUAAUAUAAUGAUUAAUGUGCUGUGCAAAGAAGGGAAGUUGAAGAAGGCGAAGGAAUUCCUUGUCUUUAUGGAGAGUUUAGGGGUUAAGCCCAAUGUUGUUACUUAUAAUACGAUAAUUCAUGGGUAUUGUUCUAAAGGGAGGUACGAGGGUGCUCGCUUGGUUUUGAAUGCAAUGGUGGCCAAGGGUAUUGAACCUGAUUCGUACACAUAUGGUUCUCUUAUUAGUGGGAUGUGCAAAGAAAAAAGACUCGAGGAGGCAUCAGAGAUGUUUGAAAAGAUGAGAGAAAUAGGUUUGGUUCCCACUGCUGUGAACUACAACACUUUAAUUGAUGCUUACUGCAAUAAAGGGGAUCUAGAAAGGGCUUUUGUUUAUAGGGAUGAAAUGGUUAAGCAGCGUAUAAUGCCGACUGUAUCGACUUACAAUUUGUUAAUUCAUGCUCUCUUUAUGGAAGGGAAAAUGCUUGAAGCUGAUCAUUUGGUAAAAGAAAUGGAAGAUAAAGGAACGGUUCUUGAUGAGAUAACAUAUAACAUUUUGAUUAAUGGAUACUGCAGGUGCAGCAAUGCUGAGAAAGCAUUUGAUCUCCAUGAUGAGAUGUUAAGUAAGGGGAUUCACCCUUCACGAGUGACUUAUACAUCACUUAUAUAUGUUUUGAGUAAACGGAAGAGAAUGAAGGAGGCCGAUGAUCUGUUUGAGAAGAUAAUAUGCAAAGGAGUGUCACCAGAUAUUAUAAUGUUCAAUGCCUUGAUUGAUGGUCACUGUGUCAAUGGUAAUACGGAACGUGCUUUUUCACUAUUGAAGGAAAUGGAUAAGAUGAAGGUUUCUCCUGAUGAAGUCACCUACAAUACUUUAAUGCAAGGACAUUGCAGAGAGGGAAGGGUUGAAGAAGCUCGUAAUCUUCUAGAUGAGAUGAAGGGAAGGGGAAUCAAACCUGAUCGCAUUAGUUACAACACCCUCAUUAGUGGGUAUAGUAGGCGGGGUGAUAUGAAGGAUGCUUUCAAAGUUCGUGAUGAGAUGUUGAGUCUAGGUUUCAAUCCCACCCUCCUGACUUACAAUGCUCUUAUACAAGGUUUAUGCAAGAACCAUGAGGGAGAUGUUGCAGAAGAGCUUCUGCAGGAGAUGGUUAGUAAAGGCAUUGCCCCUGAUGAUAGCACUUACUAUGCAUUGAUUGAGGGAAUGGGCGAAGUUAAUCAUGCAGCAGAAGGAAGCAAUCCUCCUUGAUUGUGGGGAGUGGGAAAGUUGGCCACUUUGAAAAAGGUAGGACUGUGUGGCUAAAAACUUCAAUAGCAGCAUAACAGCCUGGAUAAGGAGUGGAGUAUGUAGUGAAGAAUUAGCUUUGUUUGCUCAAGCGGAGAAUCCCUUCUUUGGAGGAUUUUGGGCAAUUAGGAGACCCUUUUUGUUUGUUGGCUUUCAAUCAAAACCGUUGUUGAACAAUCUUUUUUGACUGAAUGAGUUUUAAGAGGAAAUAACUCCUUGAUUUUGGAUGUUGCAAAGCUUCAAUGUUGAUUUGUAAGUCAAUUUUCCCCUCUUAGGUCUUGUAUGGUAUGUCUGCUUAUUGAAGCCAUUACAGUAAUGGUCAGACUUUGUGUAUUAAAGUUGUUAUUGUAAU